GCAUAAGUCACGAUAGCUUGUACGAGUACUGUACCCUCCGUUUUAAUCACCUCCGCUCCCUCCUUGUCUUCCACAAGCUUCUCCUCUCUUCGACGAACACAAUAGCACUAGUACGGCGCCCAUGGACGAAGAACUCUCCCGUUUCCGCCAACAGUGGCAAGCGGAAGUAUCCGCCCGCCAACACCAAGCCCCAGGGUCCUCCAUACCCCAACCGAGCAGUUCCGUAAACAAACCAAAACCAAAUCCCUUCGCAUCAAGAAAGCUGUCCCAUUCCUCCUCUGCCGGCGAGAACGUCGAAGACGAACCAGAACUCUCAACCCAACGGCCCCCAUCGCCAAUUGCUCGUCGACGAACCUCCUUUGCAGGAAGCUCUUCCCGGGCGGAUCCUGUGAGUGCGCUCGAGCAUUAUGAGCGGGCGGUGGAGAAGGAAUCCGAAGGUAGUUUGGGGGAAAGCUUGAGUUUGUACAGGAAGGCGUUUAGGGCACAAAAGAUGGAUCACAAGGUUGAUUCUCACUAUCGGGAGAAGCACUUCCCACGACCGCCCCCUUCAUUGGCUAAGAAUAGGAUACCUCUUGCUACCAUUCUUUCUUCCCAGCCAUCAGUACCCGCCUCAGUCCCGGCUCCGGCUUCGCUAGCUUCUGGUUCGAAGGAGAUGAGCGAGUUGAUCGCUUCGUUUGCAGGGGUUCAAAUUCAGCCUGUUCCUGUCGCUGAACUCAAUGAAAAGGAAGCAGCUAUGGAUAAAGGGAAGGGGAAGGAAACAGAAACGGAAGAGGAAGAAGCAGGGUUUUCCCCGUUAGCAACGCUCCCUUUCGAGCUCCUGCUCCAGGUUGUCAGAAACGUAGCUUUAACAGACGUCGCCUCGUUCGCAAGGUUGGCACAGGUGUGCAAGGCCUUCGCCUACCUCGUGAUCACUGAGCAAAGCAUCUGGAGAGCUGUAUGCGAAAAAACCUUCAGCCGAAUGCUCUGGGACUGGGGAGUGACCGUCAACGGAGAUCCAAUAGAGAAGCCCCUCCUACUCGAAGGCCCAGACAGAGAAGUCCUCCGAGACGGCGAGUAUGAAAACGAGGACGAGGAGCAGGAAAAGCGUGAAAUCCCAAUUGACGAAGAGGAAGCGCUCAAAUACGGCUCGAACUGGCGAAAGAUGUUCAUGAUCCGACCCCGCGUUCGAUUUAACGGCAUCUACAUCUCCACUUGCAACUACGUCCGCGCGGGAGCGUCCCAGUCCUGGAACACCCCCGUGCACAUUGUAACCUAUUAUCGUUACCUGCGCUUCUACCCGAACGGCACAGUCCUUUCACUCUUAUCUACCUGCCAGCCAGCAGAGGUAGUCCAUGGCUUCAACAAGAUGUCACUCACUCCAGCCCACCUGGGUGGUCUACCGGUCGGCGCCAUGAGCUGGGGGAAGUACGUGUCCAAGGGUCGCUGGCGAAUGGAUAAAAAUGGACAAUUAGAUGUGGAAACCGAAGCGCCCAUGAUGGACAAGUACUUGUUCAGAAUGGCGCUCAAAGUGAAGAGCAUCCGAGUCGGGGGGCGGAUCGGAGGUGUCAAUAAGUUGGUUUGGGAGGGCUUCUGGAGCUGGAAUAUAAUCUCGGAUGAUCUUGCGGAGUUUUCAUUAAGGCGAGUCUUUUUUCUUUCCCCCCCCUUUUUUUCUCAUGUGUAUAAAGUGAUUGGCUGACUGAUCCUACAAAUAGGAAUGAUAAGCCGUUCUUAUUUUCAAGGGUUGGGAGUAUUGAGAGGGAGAUAGGAUAUAGUUAGAUCUCUAAGUUACAAUAUAUAAUACGGGCGAGCGAUUAGACGUGGGUCGGUAGACUAGAUGAGAUGUUGCCGUUAUAGGCAGAAUAGAAAUACAUGGACAAACCGGAGCUCAGCAAA